UAAGAAGUAACUCUAAACUAUAAAGAUAAAGCAAAGGGGGGUAGUUAUGGCAUACCAGCUAUAACGCCCAUUAUUAAGGCAAGCCUAGGAAGACUUCACUCCCUGUUUCUGAGGUAGAAGCAUAGAGGUUGCAUCAUGGGUAGAAAGUCACUGUACCUUCUGAUUGUGGGAAUCUUUGUAGCAUAUUAUAAUUACAUGCCUAUCCCAGAUAACUUUGAGGAGCCCUGGAAACUAAUGCUGAUCAACAUACCACUCAAAACUUUUCAAAAUUUGGCUUUAUUCAUCGAGUUUCUGGGAUUUUACCAUUUUGCUGAUUUAACUGUGCUAGCUUCGUCCUUUGGAGAAGUCCCACCAACUUCAGAUGAAAAUGUCACUGUGACUGAGACAACAUUUGAUAAUGUUCCUGUGCGUGUAUAUGUACCGAAGAGGAAAGUGGAUGCACAAAGAAGGGCUGUGUUUUAUAUUCAUGGUGGUGGUUGGUGUUCUGGAAGCCCUGCUUUAUAUAGUUAUGACUUGCUCUCGAGAUGGACUGCAGAGAGACUGGAUGCUGUUGUCAUAUCAAUUGACUACAGGUUAGCACCUAAAUAUCAUUUCCCAGUCCAAUUCGAAGAUACAUAUAAUGCUUUAAGGUGGUUCUUACGUAAAAAUGUUCUUGAAAAUUAUGGUGUAAACCCUGAGAGAAUCUGUGUUUCUGGAGACAGUGCAGGUGGAAAUUUAGCUGCAGCAGUGACUCAACAGCUUGUUCGUGACCCAGAAGUGAAGACCAAACUCAAGAUCCAGGCUUUAAUAUAUCCUGCACUUCAACCUCUUGAUUUAGAUUUACCAUCUUUUCGAGAAAAUGCACAUAUGCCAAUUCUGUCUAAGUCCCUCUUGGUCAGGUUCUGGAGUGAAUAUUUUACAACGGACAGGUCACUUGAAAAAGCCAUGCUUUCCAAUCAAUAUGUACCUGAAGAAUCAAGUCCUCUCUUCAAGUUUGUUAACUGGAGUUCCCUGCUCCCAGAGAGGUUUAGAAAAGGACAUGUUUAUAGCAACCCAACUUAUGGUAGUUCUGAGUUAUCUCAAAAAUAUCCUGGAUUCUUAGAUGUGAGGGCAGCUCCUCUGUUGGCAGAUGACAGCGAGUUGCGUAGUUUACCCCUGACGUAUGUCCUUACUUGUCAGUAUGACGUUUUGAGAGAUGACGGACUCAUGUAUGUCACCCGACUUCGGAAUGCUGGAGUUCAAGUGGCCCAUAAUCAUGUCGAGGACGGAUUCCAUGGAGCAAUUUCCUUUCUGCAACUUAAAAUUAGUCAUAAGCUGAUAAAUCACUAUAUAAGUUGGCUAAAUCAAAAUCUAUAGCAAAACACAUAUUCCUGAUAUAUUUUAAAUGCAAUAAAUAUGAAAGCAUCAUAAUAUUCA